UGCAGAGCUCGAGCUUGGUCGCCGUGUGUCUGUCGUUUGUCUGCUGGAAAUAACUGUACAGUGCGUAUUUUCUUCGACUAGACCAGCUGAGGCUGCAAUCUGCUAGCAGAUAAUGAAAGGGUCCAAGUGUGAUGUUUGAAAGUGCGUUGCGAGUGAUUGGUGGAUUUCUGCUCAAAACCGGAAAAAAGCAGGUGCUCCAUUGAGGAAAGUCAGUGCCGAGUGCCAAUAAAACCAGUUUUCUGCUAGUGGUGUGUACAAUCAAGAUCUAGUAUUAUCACAUGCGAUGUGAUCCGAGAAGCUAAUACACUACCACGUUGGCUUGCGGAUCACACUAGUACAGAGCAGCUAGCGUAGGAGAAGGACAGUACGAGGAAAACCGAAGAAACAUCCAAGGGAAGACGGCGACGGACGCACACUGCCCUAUCCAACACUACCAUCAUUGGGAGCACAACAAUCUCGUGCGGAACUUCGGUGCAGGAAAACGCGACGACGAUCAUCCGACGAAACAGUAGUGCAAGUUAACUAGUGUAUGGCUAGUUUUCCUAAUUAAAUUUGACGUCCACACAUAUUCAAACGGCGAAAACAUGAACUCGAAGCCCCCGUCCGCCAAUGGACUGGCAGCAGCAGCGGGCGGGCAACCGCUCAUCCCGUACAACAUCGAUUGGAUAUUCCCCCAGCUGCGGCGCCCGUCACGUCUGUGGCACAUUGCUAGCACAGGAGUUAUCGGAUUUGUGGGAUUUGUCUCCAAGAUUGUGAUCGUAUGGCUCAACAAGACGCGUGUCCACAACAUCGAAGUGCUGGAGAAUGUCCUGGAAAACCGCCCGAAGGGCACUCCCCUGCUGACCGUUUCCAACCAUCACUCAUGCUUCGACGAUCCCGGCAUGUGGGGACUGCUGAGCCUUCGGCUGCUGAAGCUGCGCAACGUGUGCAGUCACAACGUCAUCCGGUGGUCGAUGGCAGCUCAUGACAUUUGUUUCACCAACAAGUUUCAUUCGCUCUUCUUCAUGUACGGUAAAUGCAUCCCGGUCGUGCGGGGCGCCGGCGUCUAUCAACCGGCCGUGGAUCUGUGCAUAGAAAAGCUGAAGCUGGGACAUUGGGUGCACGUGUUCCCCGAGGGGAAGGUCAACAUGACCAAGGAAGAUCUCAGGUUCAAGUGGGGCGUAGGACGGAUACUCUACGAAUCGCCCAUUAUGCCAAUCAUCAUUCCCAUCUGGCACAUCGGAAUGGAAACGGUGCUUCCGAACGAGCCACCGUACUACUUUAGGCUAGGCAAGAAGCUGACGUACAACUUUGGUAAGCCGAUCGAUUUGAAUGCCGUCAUGGAGCGGUUGAAGACGAAUCCCGUCACGGAGGAGGAAGCCAGAAAGAUCAUCACCGAUAGGAUCCAGGAGGAGAUGAUGAUCCUCAAAGAAGAAACGGAACGGUUACAUUUGGAUUACAUUAAGAGCAGCUGAGACGAGGAGCAGGGCUCGGAAGGGGCCAAUUGAUGGAGGAAAAAGACAUUCACACCGAAGUUAAUUAAACUAAAGCGUGCGGUUAUGUUUGUCCGGUAUGAAAGAUCGUGAAACAGAAACGAACCAUAACAUUACACUUAUUUGACUAUGCCUAUUAUGCAAUAAUUCCAUCCAAACCGGAAGCUGAGAGAUGAAUGAUAUUCCAUGAUUUCUAAACGCUCAUAUAUUUUUUUUCUCACCCGUACUUGUACUGGCAACAACCGGAACGGAGUCAACAAAGUUUGCCAUACUUUUUAUACUAACGCUGAUUAAUUCACUUCAAAUAGGCAUUAAACUGCAUUUGCUCCAUCCAUUAAAUUACUAUUUACUAGCGGACAACACAUAGUAAAGAAUUGCUACUUUAAUUCGGUACCGUUUUUCUCUAGUCAGCUUGGAAUGUUUGACGCGAAAGUGGACGUGUUUGUAAAUUAACUAGCGAGGAACUAGAGCGAAGGAAGAGGCUUACCAAUAUUUGUUAAGGAAA